GCACGUGCCUUCCUCAACUUCACACAAAUAAAACUUUCGACCGCUUCCUUUUCCGUUUCAUCCCUUCUCCGCUCUCAGUCGCGAAGCCGUUCAUCUCUCCUAUCGGAAUCUUGCUGAAGACGCGUGUAGGCCGACCAGGAACAGGGUUCAUUUGAUUCAAGAAGAGCAGGAACCAUGGCUUCUCGUUUCUGGAUGCCUAUUUCUUGAUUUCUAACUCUGGCCGCUCGAAAUUUUAGGGUUCGUUUGAUUCAAGAAGAGCAGGAACCAUGGCUUCUCGUUUCUGGAUGCAGGGUGGUGGCAGCGAAUCUGAAGAGGAAGAGGAGGAGACCAGUGAGUAUGGUGAUGGAAGUGAUGCCGGGGCGGGGCCAGGCGAGACCACCGGCGUCUCUACCCGGAGCCGUUACCUCAAAGAAAACGCAAGUGACAGCGAUGACUCGGAUGGGCAACAUCGUGUGGUCAAGUCAGCUCGCGACAAGAGGUUUGAUGAGAUGGCAGCCACUGUCGAUCAGAUGAGGAAUGCGAUGAAGAUUAAUGACUGGGUCAGCCUCCAGGAGAGCUUUGAGAAAAUCAACAAGCAGUUGGAAAAGGUGGUCCGGGUAACUGAAUCCGAAAAGGUCCCUAACCUUUACAUUAAAGCCCUUGUGAUGCUUGAGGACUUCUUGGCUCAGGCGCUGGCCAAUAAGGAUGCCAAGAAGAAGAUGAGCAGCAGCAAUGCAAAAGCCCUCAACUCAAUGAAGCAGAAGCUGAAGAAGAACAACAAGCAGUUUGAGGAGCUGAUAAUGAAGUAUCGUGAGAAGCCAGAGAGUGAGGAUGAAGGGGCAGAGGAGGAUGAUGAGGAAGAAGAGGAGGAUGAGGAUGAGGUAGAAGAGGACCCCUCAAGGAUAGCAAUGUCUGACAUGGAAGACGAGGAUGAGGAGGAUGGUGAUGAGCAGGCCGAGGGUGGUGGGGUGUGGGAGAAGCAGAUGAGCAAGAAGGAUAAGCUUAUGGACAAGCAAUUUAUGAAGGACCCUAGUGAGAUCACAUGGGAAAUUGUUGACAAAAAGCUUAAAGAGAUUGUGGCAGCAAGGGGUAGGAAGGGAACUGGCAGGGUUGAGCAAGUUGAGCAACUUACAUUCUUGACCCGUGUGGCAAAAACUCCUGCCCAGAAGCUCGAGAUCCUUUUUAGCGUGAUCUCGGCCCAGUUUGAUGUCAACCCGAGCUUGCUUGGACACAUGCCAAUUAAUGUGUGGAAGAAGUGUGUUGGCAAUAUGCUCCUUGUACUUGACAUCCUUGAGCAGUACCCUAACAUUGUUGUUGAUGACUCAGUUGAGCCUGAUGAACACGAGACUCAGAAGGGUGCAGACCACAAGGGGACAAUCCGGGUCUGGGGAAAUUUGGUUGCAUUCCUUGAGCGGCUGGAUUCGGAGUUUUUCAAGAGUUUGCAGUGUAUUGAUCCACACACUCGUGAAUAUGUUGAGAGGCUUAGGGAUGAACCCUUGUUUUUGGUUGUUGCACAGAAUGUUCAGGACUAUCUUGAGAGGAUAGGGGAUUUUAAGGCAGCUUCCAAGGUGGCAUUGCGACGACUUGAGCUCAUAUAUUAUAAGCCUCAGGAGGUCUAUGAUGCAAUGAGGAAGUUAGCUGAACUGAGGGAAGAUGGAGCUGAAGGUGGUGGGGAGGAUGGUGAUGCAGCUGGUGAUGAACGUCAACCAGCUGAAGAGAAUAGGGGCCCACCACCUUUUGUUGUGAUUCCUGAGCUUGUUCCUAGGAGGCCUACAUUUCCGGAGAGUAGUCGGACACUAGUGGAUGCAUUGGUGUCUCUGAUUUAUAAGUAUGGGGAUGAGAGAACAAAGGCUAGGGCUAUGCUUUGUGAUAUAUACCACCAUGCUAUCUUUGAUGAGUUCCCUGUUGCUCGUGAUCUUCUCUUGAUGAGUCAUUUGCAGGAUGGAAUUCAGCUUAUGGACAUAUCAUCGCAGAUCUUAUUCAACAGGGCAAUGGCACAGCUUGGUUUGUGUGCCUUUAGGGCAGGGUUGAUAACAGAAGCUCAUGGGUGUCUCUCUGAACUGUAUACAGGGGGGAGAGUGAAAGAGUUACUUGCACAAGGUGUAUCACAAAGUCGUUACCAUGAGAAAACUCCUGAGCAGGAAAAGCUCGAACGCAGAAGGCAGAUGCCUUACCAUAUGCACAUAAACCUUGAGCUUCUUGAAGCCACUCAUCUGAUAUGUGCCAUGCUUCUUGAGGUCCCCAAUACGGCUGCCAGUACCUUUGAUGCCAAGCGAAAGGUUAUAAGCAAGACAUUCCGAAGGCUUCUUGAAGUGAGUGGAAGGCAGACUUUUGUUGGUCCUCCUGAGAAUGUCAGGGACCAUGUCAUGGCUGCCACCAGAGCCCUAAGCAAGGGAGACUAUCAGAAAGCUUUUGAUAUUAUCAAAUCUCUUGACAUCUGGAAGCUCCUCAGGAACAGAGAAACUGUGCUGGAGAUGUUGAAGUCCAAGAUCAAGGAAGAGGCACUGCGGACUUAUCUUUUUUCGUAUUCAUCGUGCUACGACUCCUUGAGCUUGGACCACCUUAGUGCAAUGUUUGACCUUUCUGAGGCCCAUGCCCACAGCAUCGUGAGCAAGAUGAUGAUCAUGGAGGAAGUCCAUGCAAGCUGGGACCAACCAACGAGGUGCAUCGUGUUCCACGAUGUGGAACACACCAGGCUGCAGGGGCUUCUGUUCCAGAUGGCAGAUAAGCUCAACAUUCUUGCUGAGAUCAAUGAGAGGGCCUAUGAGGCAAGGACCGGUGGGGGUCUCGACGGCCUGCCACCGAGACGUAGAGGAGAGGGGCAGGACUACAGUGGAACCACUGCAUCUGGGAGAUGGCAGGAUAACUUCAUUUCCGCAUCACAGUCAAGGCAGAGUGGGGGAUAUGGAGGCCGCACUGGUUACAGUGGGAGGUUAGGGAGUUCGGGGCAAGGAGCAGGUGCAGGGUUUUCGAAGGACCGAACAGGGCAGGGGCAACGAGGGACUGGUGGGUACUCUGCUGGUUACCAGAGCAUGCGAUACCAGGAUGCUUAUGGGAGUGUUGGUAGGGCUCCGUACCAACAUGGCUCAGCCGUGAGAGGCUCGGAGACGUCGCGCAUGGUGAGUCUCAACAAGGCUGGUAGAGUUUAGACGAAGAACACCUAUAUCAGAAGAGGCCUUUGAAAUUUUGAUUCUUAAGAUCGGAGUACAACUUGCCCCUUUUUCGAGAAUAUUUUGUUGAGAACCGUAUUUGUUUGUUAUGAAUGAGUUCUCUUUUGCUGUUUCGGUUUGGAGCAUGGUAUGCUUUGUGGAACCAUGGGGUGUCGGACCAUGUAUUCGCUCCUUUUAUAUCGGUUUAUGUAACAUUUCUUGUUUUUGUUUUA